GUGAAGAUGGCCGGCGGGACUCUGUACACAUACCCUGAUAACUGGAGGGCAUACAAGCCCCUCAUUGCUGCUCAGUAUUCGGGGUUCCCCAUCAAGGUUGCCUCCUCUCCUCCAGAAUUCCAGUUUGGAGUAACGAAUAAGACAUCCGAGUUCCUAAAGAAAUUCCCCUUAGGCAAGGUACCAGCAUUUGAGGGCAACGACGGUUUUUGCCUUUUUGAGAGCAGCGCCAUUGCUCAUUAUGGCAUUCCUUGUGGCGGAAUGCAUAGAAUUGCACUACAAGACAAAUGCUGACUUGGAGUCUCAGAUUUAAAUUGGAGAGCAUGUGAGCUCUGAGAUGAGCUGUGAAUCUUUAUCAUUCUACAUCAAGUGGGCAAUGAUGAGCUCCGAGGAACCAAUCGUUUACACCAAGCUCAGGUCAUCCAGUGGGUCAGCUUCUCAGACAGUCACAUUGUCCCUCCGGCCAGCGCAUGGGUCUUUCCCACUCUGGGGAUCAUGCAAUACAAUAAGCAGGCCACAGAACAAGCCAAGGAGGAGAUAAAGGCUGUGCUGGGUGUUUUAGAUUCUCAUCUGAAGACACGGACAUUCCUAGUGGGCGAGAGGGUCACGCUGGCUGAUAUAGCAGUUACUUGCUCUCUUCUGUGGCUCUAUAAGCAGGUCCUGGAACCAUCCUUCCGCCAGCCAUUUGGUAAUGUUACAAGGUGGUUUGUGACCUGUGUGAAUCAGCCAGAAUUCCGUGCUGUGUUGGGAGAAGUCAAGCUUUGUGACAAGAUGGCACAGUUUGAUGCUAAGAAGUUUGCCGAGAUGCAGCCCAAGAAAGAAACUCCCAAGAAAGAGAAGCCAGCAAAGGAGCCAAAAAAAGAAAAGGAGGAAAAGAAGAAGGCAACACCAGCUCCUGCUCCUGCCCCAGCCCCUGAGGAUGAUAUGGAUGAAUCUGAAAAGGCUUUAGCAGCAGAGCCUAAAUCAAAGGACCCAUACGCACAUCUACCUAAAAGCUCUUUUGUAAUGGAUGAGUUUAAGAGAAAAUACUCUAAUGAAGAUACCCUGGCUGUAGCUCUGCCUUAUUUCUGGGAGCACUUUGACAAGGAAGGCUGGUCCAUCUGGUACGCUGAAUACAAAUUCCCCGAGGAGCUGACACAAACCUUCAUGAGCUGCAACUUAAUUACAGGUAUGUUCCAGCGUCUAGACAAACUGCGCAAGACUGGCUUUGCCAGCGUCAUCUUGUUUGGCACCAACAAUGACAGCUCCAUCUCCGGCGUGUGGGUGUUCAGGGGCCAGGACCUUGCAUUCACACUCUCUGAAGACUGGCAAAUUGACUAUGAAUCCUACACCUGGAGAAAGCUGGACAGCAAUAGUGAGGAGUGCAAAACCCUGGUCAAAGAAUACUUCUGCUGGGAGGGAGACUUCAAGCACGUGGGAAAGGCCUUUAACCAGGGCAAGAUCUUCAAAUGAGGAGGAGGCGAUCUCUGUCCCCCUAAAAUACGCGCAGAGUCUGGUUUUCACAUCCGUACCAACAUCCAGAGCCUUUUAACUUAACAAGACAGCAAACAGAAAAUAAAAAACUGAAAUCAAAACCAU